AAUCAACGUACAUGUAACGAACACAAAAUUCUGUGUUGAGUUUCAUUCCUUCUAUAUAUGGCUUGGAUCAUUAAACAUAUUUCCACAUGCUUGUUUUUGGUGUAUUACUUAACACUGCCUAUUUAUGGAGAGGCAAUCAGAGCAGCACCUCACUAUAAGGUGGUUAAUGUCAGCUCCUUGGAGCCAAAACCCUACUGCCAAAGGUCAAGCUCAGGUCCAAAAAUCGGAUCGCAGAAAUUGGAAAUCGUAUCUAGAUAUGGACCUUGCUUUCCAAAUGCUAGUCGAACGAAAACUCCAUCAUCCAACGAACUUCUAAAUUGGGAUCAAGCUAGAGUUCGUUCAAUCAAUAAAAGAGUUAAUGACCACCUUUACAGUAAUGAUCCGGUUAAUUAUAAUUAUGGGUCCUAUACAGUAAAGGUAAGUCUUGGCACACCACGACAAGACUAUCACUUAAUGGUGGAUACUGGUAGUGAAUCGAGUUGGGUACGUUGCCAAUCUUGCACUAAAGGUUGCAAAUCAGACGAUUCUCUGUACAAUCCUUCAAACUCUUUGACAUAUACAAACAGUUCGUGCAAUGGUAUAUUUAACGUCAUUUAUGGUGAUAACUCGUAUACAAAUGGUACUUGGGGAUGUGAUAUUCUCAUUAUAGAUGGUUUUGGUGCAAUAAUGAACUUCCGAUUUGGUUGUGGCCAAGAAAAUGUUGAUGAAACUGGCAAUAACUUUGGUGAUGCAGCUGGAAUACUUGGACUUGGCAGAGGUGAGUUAUCUUUACCAUCUCAAAGUGAUUCGUCAAUGAAAAUGUUUAGCUAUUUUAUCCCAUUAACAAAUAGCCUUGUUGGAAAUAUGUAUUUUGGGACGGAAGUGCUAAAAAUAUUGUACACUUGUUCAUUCCAAUUUACACCAUUGGUAAAAGGCCCCGAACCAGUAUACUACUAUCUUGACCUAGUUGGAAUAAGUGUAGCUGGAAAUAAACUCAACGUCCCGUCGAUAACAUUCACUAAUGAAGGAACAAUUAUAGACAGUGGAACGGUAAUCACUCGAUUGCCACAGGUGGUUUACUCUGCACUUCGUACUGCAUUUAGAGAGUCCAUGUUGAGUUACACAUUAUUAGAAAAUGUUGAUGAGCUGAUGGACACCUGCUACAGCUUCAAUGGAUACGAACAAAUUGCUUUACCAGAGAUUAAAUUCCAUUUUGGAGAAGGAACUAGUACUACUACUGAUGUGAAGUUGUCAAACAAUGGGAUUUUAUGGAUGAAAGAUGAUAGAGUGAAAUGUUUGGCUUUUUCUGCAACGGAAAGCUAUAGCAUUAUUGGUAACGUUCAGCAGCGAGGAAUGAAUGUGAUUUAUGAUUUGAAAGGGGAAAGAAUUGGAUUUGCUAGUAACUGUGAUAGCUGAUCAGACCUAGAAGAAUAUUGAAAAUUAAUUGGAAACAACGUAGUUGUGGGGUCGUGUUUAAUGAUAAAA